GCAGAGGACAACUGUUCUCGACAAUCCGUAUUCCCAUCCCACCAGUCAGUUGUUUUCUGAUGUGUUGGUUGUUCUCAUCUUUAUUGCUGAUGAAAUUCGGUUCGAUUAAAUAGGAAUUGCAUUGUGUGAGAUUUAUAAAAGAUUUGAAGGAACUGAAUAAUUACAUAAAGGCAUUGCGAAAGUACCGUGAGUGGCGUAGUGGAGAAGCUGGGUUUUUUGGCGAUGGCUUCAACUGAUAUAAAUGUAAAAUUGUCCCGUCUUUAUCAUUUGGCGCAGAAGUUUAACAAUUUCUACUUGACAGGUUUUCAAAAGGGCGACAUACGUCCAUUCCUGGUUGAAGGCGAACAAGUUGGUCUCGUCAAGGCCGAUGUUAUCAAGCAGCUGCAACGUUAUCCCGAAAUAUUCUGCAUACGCAAUUGUGAAUUUACCAAUCAGGGUAUAGUCGAGUUAAAUCCUGCAUUCCGUGACUAUGCUGAACGCACAAAGCAAGUCGAUAUAGUAUUACGUGAUUUACGUUCUAAGGGCAUUUUUUCCGCACUCCAAGGUUGGCGUGAUGAGUAUUAUGAAGUGAAAUCGGAGUAUCGUAGCCUAUUGAAAAUGGAUCGUUCGGCCACACCAUUGUUUGGUGUACGUAAAUAUGGUGUAGAUAUUAAUGGUUAUGUACAACAUCCAACGCAGGGUCUUUGUAUUUGGCUACAACAACGUUCGAAUACCAAAGAGACAUGGCCUGGCAAAUGGGAUAAUAUGGUUGGUGGCGGUUUAUCGGUGGGCUAUGGCAUUAAGGAGACUGCUGUUAAAGAGGCAGCCGAGGAGGCAUCCAUUCCAAGUGAUCUGGUCAAAAAUCUCGUUUCAGCCGGUUGUGUUUCAUUCUUUUUCGAAAGCGAACAAGGUUUAUUCCCCAAUACGGAAUAUGUGUUCGAUUUAGAGUUGCCAUUGGAUUUUGUGCCACAAAAUGCUGAUGGUGAGGUGCAAGCUUUUGAGCUAUUACCAGCCAAAGAGUGUGUGGAACGUGUAUUUACGCAGGAUUUCAAGACAACCAGCUGUCCGGUGGUUAUCGAUUUUCUAAUCAGACAUGGCUAUAUAACGCCUGAAAAUGAGGUUCAUUUCACACAAAUCAUUGAGUUAUUACAUGUGCCACUACAGUCGCUCUACACGUACAAGACACUUUUGGAGCAAAAACAAAAAGUUAAACAACAACAAAAUCAAUCGCAACAACAAUCGCAUCUUGCCAAUAAUAUUAAAACCAUUGAAAAUGGACACAACAAUAAGGAUGCCACAAUAAACAAUUAAAGGAAAAUGUGCAAAAAGCAAAAUUAAAAAAAAAAAAAAAAUAAUAUAAAUAUAUAUAACAAAAGGACAAAAAUUGCUGAUUAAAGAAUAAACAAUUUUUUUGGUAGUAAACGAUUGAAAAACAGACUGCGUAUUUUACAUUUACGCUCGUAGGUAUUUACAUACAAAACAUAACGAAUUAAUGUAUUUGCUGUUUAUACAUAUAAAUACAAACGUAUAUACAAUAUAAAACAAAAGAAUACAAAAAAAACAUAGUUUAGAACAUUUAUUGUACUCUGCGAAUGAUCUACAUAUUUUGCUGCGAGUCCUGCGUCGUGAAGCAUGCUAGAAGCUUGUGAGUUUCUCAAAUAUCUAUAUACUACCUACGCCAACUAGGCCACUAAUUUCGUAUGCCUAAAUUGGUUUAAUUGCUGACUUGCGAGUAAUAUAUACUAUGUUAAAAACAAUUUAAUAAGACAAAACAAAUAUGUAAAACGAUUCGUGUAACGAAAAGCUCGUUUGUAACAAGCGAGAAAAAAAUAUUUGUGACUAAUUUCAUUUUUUCAAAAUUAAAUUAUUUCCACACAUUUUUGUUAAUGGAAAAUAAUUGUUCAUUUUGCUUAGUGUUUAAAAAACAAAACAUCGCACAUAUUGUUAAAUAAAAGUACAUAUGUAUAUUUAUGUUUGUAAAGGCUAUUGUGAGAAUAAUUAAAUUAUUACUUUUUUAAGCAAAUUUGUUGUACAAUUUAUUAUUGUUUUCUAUGUUUAUUUACAAUUUAACUUUUAAUUUAGCGAAAUGACACGUAAUGUGUAUUUAUUUACACUUAUUCAUUUCACUGACUAUUUUUGUUUUUUUUUUUUUUCUCUUCUAUAAAUCGGUUAAGGGCGGCGAGUCAAACUGUAUUUGCAUUAAUGCACGCGUUAUUAUGUCGAUAUAAAAUGUAGUAAUUGUAAUUUAUGUAAACGUUUUUUGAACAUUUUAUCACUGCGUAACAAUAUAUAUAUAUAUAUACAUACAUAUAUAGUGUACGAAAGAAAAACAAAAAACAUAUAUAUAUAUAAAAUGCACCACAUUUUUUAAAUGAAAUAACAUAUAAUAUGAAGGCUUAACAUUUUAAUCAUAUGUUUAUAAUGUAUUUAAAAGUUUAUAAAUUAAAACACGUGCAUAUAUACAUAGUACAUAUAUAAAAGACAAACAAACAAAUAAAUAAGUAUAUAUGUUAAUGUAGUUGUUCUUAAGUGGCAUACAUAUAUAUAUAUUUAUAUUAUUGUAUUGAUUUAUGCUACCGAUAUUAGAUAAUGUGUGUAUGUACCAAAUAUGGGGCUGUCCAACGUGCUGAAUUUGACGAAAAAUAUCUAAAUUCAAAAACUUGGUUAAUUUUUUUUUAUUAUACUUUAUUUUUUUUGUAUUUUUUAAUUUUUCUUAAUAUUUUUUUUUAUUUUAUUUUUUAAUUUUUCUUAUUAUAAUUUUUUAUUAUUUUUUUUAAUUUUUACAAUUUUUUUUUUAAUAUAACUUAAGGUUGUGGAUCUAUGAUUAUAUUUUUCUUUGGUGUUUAUUUAUACAAUUAAACUUCCUUAACUCGAAUCACUCUAAUCCACAAAAAAAAGUUAGAGUUAGAGAGACUUUGAGUUACGGAAGCUAAUUUCUAUGAAAGUUUUAGAGAACUUCGAGUUAUGGAAGUUCAACUGUAAUUGCUACAAUUACAACAUAAUCUUAAAAAAAAUUAUUCUUUGUAGAUAUGAGCACAUGUACUUAAUUAAUUAUUUUUUUAUAAUUAUCGCUUCCGUUUUGAUAACAGUUUUUGGUUUUUUUGUAGCAACAUGAGACAUUCACUCUAACUAUUCUGAGAAAAAUAUACGAAUCCACUUCUCAUAUGUACAGCCGGUUGUGGUGGAAACGGUUGCGAUUUUUUAAUAUCAUUGCCUUUUUAAAAAAUUUUUAAAUUUUUUUUAUUAAAAAAAACUUUAUAAAAACAAUAUUUUAUUUUAUUUUUAUUCCAAAAAAUAUUUUAUUUCAUAUUAAAAUUAAAUUAUUUAAUUUUUUAUAAUAAUUAAAUUAUUUAAUUUUUUAUAAUAAUUAAAGUAUAUAAUUUUUUAUAAUAAUUAAAUUAUAUAACUUUUUUUAAUAUAAUUUUGUUAUUUUCAUAAUUAAUUCGAUCGAAUUAAAUUGUUUUCUUUUUCAAUUUACUAAACUUUUUGCAAAAAUUCAUGUACGCGACAGCCCUGUGCAUCAAAGUGCUCAAAACACGUGGUUUUUUUGUUAAAAUAUUUUAGUUUAAUUAUGAAUUACGAAUAUUAUAAUAAUAAUAACGAACUUACAUUUUUACCGAAAAAUAAACAAAAAAUUCAAUUCAUAUAA